AGAAACUGGACAGGCAUACCUGUGCUACUCUGGUCCCACUGGGUUUGAGGGCUGGUAUCUGCUCUCCCGGGAGGAGAAGAUGUCUUGGAAGACGGUGUUGCUUCUGCUGGUGUAUUACAACGCUCAGGCGACCGUGCCCCACAGGUGGAACCGAGCUGUGCUCUUCCCUGCUGCCCAGCGGCCAAAGAGGUCCUCAUCCAUCCCACUGAACCCAGUCUUGCAGACCUCCCUGGAAGAAGUAGAACUGCUCUAUGAGUUCCUCCUUGCCGAACUCGAGAUCAGCCCAGACCUAAAAAUCUCCAUCAAGGACGAGGAGCUUGCCUCCUUGCGGAAGGCCGCUGACUUCCACUCCAUCUGCAACGACGUGAUCCCCAAGCGCAUCCCAGACAUCCGCCGGCUGACCGCUAGCCUCUCCAGCCACCCUGGCAUCCUCAAGAAGGAAGACUUUGAAAGGACAGUGCUGACCCUGGCCUACACAGCCUACCGCACGGCCCUGGCCGAGGGGCAUCAGAAGGACGUCUGGGCCCAGGCCUUGCUUAGCCUCUUCCAUGCCCUGAGGCAUGACCUGAUGCGGUCCUCAGGCCCCAGAGAGUCACUCUGAGAGACUGGCCCACACAGGGCCACGGAGCAGGGACCAACACACACAGUAAUCCAGAAAUUCUUCAUCCUCUACUCCAUUAUGGAGACUGGCAGCAGAUAAAAUCCCUCUGUCCCUUGUAGCUUCAUGAAAAACUAAUCUGACUCAUGCCCUAAGGUGAUCUGGGCUGGAAGAAAGAGUCCUUUCAGAUACCUCCAGAGGUGGAAGGGUUUGACUAGUCCCAUGCAGAAAUCUAAGAUUUGCUUCAACACUGAGCAAUUGCCACAACACCCAAGAGUGAGAAGAGACUUGAGGAAGGCUGGGGAGGUGGGUUGGGGAGGUGGGGGACAGUUUGUUUCUUCCUAAGGGACCAAGGUGCAGGUUUGAAAGGCCAUCUUUUUCAAGGUUUCUCUUAGUAGGAGUAAAGAAAUGGGAGCUAUACCCAAAUAAACACAAUGUUAGCCAAGGAUAUACUUCUCAACUUCUCCAAAAGCCAGCAAGAAAACUCAGUUAGAAAAUCAGUAAUUUUAUGACCCAUAUGUCUUUUUUUUUUUUUUUUUUUUAUGUCUUGGCUUUUCUUUCUGGAGGGCUGGUCCAACACAGAGUGACAACGUGAAGGGGUCCAUAGAAAUGCUACCAGUCCAAACGGUCACUCAUUGUCUUUGAACAGAGAAGCGGGGCUACUGCUGAGAGGAUCACCCUAAUGGGAGAGGUUGCACCAACACUCAUGUUUGUCUGUCCUUAUGUUCAAAUUCUUCAGCAUAACCCAAGAAUUAAGUACUUCCAAUAGAAAUGAUCUCCAGAAGACAGAAUUCUACCCCUCCAAAUGCCAAAACCUUU